AUGUGGGCGGAACCCAUAACAACAAUAUUUGGGGGUCCAGAUAUUUACAUAAACAAGGGCAGCACAAUGAAUUUAACAUGCGUUGUAAAACACAGUCCUGAACCACCGCCAGCAAUAUUUUGGACACACAAUUCAAAAGAAAUAAAUUACGAUUCUCCAAGAGGAGGUGUUAGUGUUAUCACCGAAAAGGGUGACAUAACAACAAGUUAUUUAUUAAUACAACGAGCAAAACCUCCAGAUUCUGGAAAAUACACUUGCAAUCCUUCAAAUGCAAAUCCAAAGACUGUGGUAGUUCACGUAUUAAACGGAGAACAUCCGGCAGCCAUGCAACACGGUGGCCAAUUGCGACUCGAACAUCCUGCGGCAGUUUUUUUUCUUUCUUUUUUAGUUUUUGUUACUUCUUCCUGA